AUGGUCGUGAUCGUGAAUCCUUUCACCCAUGUCCACUACCCUCCACCUAUGUCCCCAUUUUUUCACAUGCCUCCCCCACCCUUCCUCUAUGGCAGGUUUACUUAUCCAAACAUUUCUAACAUGCAGGAGGAACCAUAUGCUUCUCUUCAGUGGGAUAAUCCAUCACCAGACCAUUAUGAGAAAUUCCUGCCUUCUAAAAAAUACUCAGGACCAAAUUGCCUUGUGCUUGUGAUUUUAUCUAUUAUCUGCGUGAGCUCAUUAACCACUUCCAUUUUCUUUGGCAUCAAAUCCCAGAACCACAGACCUUGUCCAGAAAACUGGACUCAAAAUGGAGAAAGUUGCUACUACAUCUUUGAAAAUUUUGGAAAUUGGAGCAAGAGUAAGGAAGAAUGUUUGAAGAAAGAUGCUAAACUUCUACAAAUAGACAGCAAAGAAGAAAUGAUUUUUGUCACUGGCCUGAAGAAGAUCAAUAGAGACUUUGAGUACUGGGUAGGACUCUAUCAGGAUGAAUGCACACACCUGUGGCUUUGGCAAGACAGCUCCCCUCUCUCCCAAGAUCUGUGA